CCAGUCUGUGAGACCCCACUCCGGAGAGGAGACAGCUACAUAACAAAUUGGAGGAGGAAAAGAAAAAAAAAUCCACUGAAGGAGGAGGAUAUCGAGGGAAAUAACACAAAACCAGGGCUCGGUGGCAUUCGCUAUCACCUCCUACGGCUCAGGCUAAGGUGUCUGAAAGUUUACACCCGGGGAGAACACCCUCCCCUUGUUGUGGGGAUGAACAGUGGAUGCUGAAUCUCAUUCCUGAGGGCAGGAGGAGAGCUGUGAAGACCGGCUGGAUUGACUUGCACUGGAGCUGGUGGUGCGCACCAGAACAGAUCCCACGGUGCCUCUCUCUCUCGCUCUCUCUCUCAUACACACAUUUUCCACACACUAGAAUAGAUAACAUCAUAAGCAUUUCACUGUACGAAGGUGGAAUAUCAAGGGGGAGCUACAAAAAAAGAUUCUCCACAAGCAAGGAAGUAAAGGAGCAAUAGGAGGACGGAUUAUCUACAGAAUCAAUGAGGGACAUCCUGUUCAAGAAAAAAAAGUAAGUUCUGAUCAGAAAAGGCUUUGAAUAAGGUUCUGAUUCUGGUAGACUCGGAGGAUUUUCCCCUUUUAUCUUUGUUGUGGAGCAGCACCAAGCUUCAGCCAGCUUAUCUUGUGGACUAUAGGAUUCUGGAUGGCAUUUCAAGACUGAACUGUGUUGGUACCUAUCCACUCUCCUGGCAGAUAGCAGACAUGUUCCUUGCCGCUGCCUCAGUAUGACCCUGGAGUAAGUGACCUGUGAACAGAAUCAUACUGGAGAUUUUGUAAAGGACUGCCCUGCUUCAAUAACAGUGUAUGGACGUUUGAUAUUGGGAAGCCCAGCAGAUAAAAGGCUGAGAAAGAGGGGCAACCGCAGACGAAGAAAAGAAAAAACAGAACAGGCCAUGGCUGAAGGGAUGAUUGCUUCUCAAAGUGAACCGUGACAGAAUGGUUGACUGUAUGAGCAAAGUCAUGCUGCACACGGUCAUCUCAUGCUGGCAACCAUUCCUGGGACUGGCCCUAGUGGCCGUCUUUGUGGGUUCUACCCUGGGAUGUCCCUCACGCUGCGAGUGUUCGGCCCAGAGCAAGGCAGUUGUCUGUCACCGCAAGCGCAUGCCCAGCAUCCCCGACGGUAUUCCAAUCGAGACCAGGAUCCUUGACUUGAGUAAGAACAAGCUGACAAUGAUCAACCCUGAUGACUUUGCUGCCUUCCCUGGCCUAGAGGAACUUGACCUUAGUGGAAAUAUUAUCAGUUAUGUUGAACCUGGAGCAUUCAACGCUCUCUUUAACAUGCACUCACUCAGUCUCAAGAGCAAUCGUAUCAAGCUCAUUCCUCUAGGCGUCUUCGCAGGCCUAACAAAUCUCACCCGACUGGAUGUAAGUGACAACAAGAUUGUCAUCCUCCUGGAUUACAUGUUCCAGGACUUGCACAAUCUAAAAUUCCUGGAAGUUGGCGACAAUGACCUGGUUUACAUUUCUCACCGUGCAUUCAGUGGACUUUUAAGCCUGGAGAUACUCACUCUAGAAAGGUGCAACCUAACAGUCGUGCCCACUGAGGCCCUAUCCCACCUGCACAGCUUGGUCAGCCUCCAUCUAAGAUACCUCAGUAUUAGCACUUUGCAUCCUUACUCUUUCAAAAAGUUGUUCCGGCUGAGGCACUUAGAGAUUGAUAAUUGGCCCUCAUUAGACAUUGUGCCAGCCAAUGCACUGCAUGGUCUCAACCUGACUACCCUGUUCAUAACCAACACCAACUUAUCCACAUUCCCCUACCAAGCCCUAAAGCAUCUCCCAUACCUGACACACCUCAAUCUGUCCUACAACCGCAUCAGGCAUAUUGAAGGAGGGAUGCUAGUAGAACUGGUUCGACUGCGAGAGCUCCAUCUGGUUGGUGCUCAGCUAUCCACGAUUGAGCCAUAUGCCUUUCAGGGCCUACGGUGGCUCAAAGUCCUCAAUGUCUCUCACAACCGACUGGAUACACUGGAAAAAGGUGUUUUCCAAGCUCCUGAGGCACUGGAGGUUCUUCUGAUUGAUGACAACCCACUAGUGUGUGAUUGCCGUCUCAUGUGGAUCCUACAGAAAAGGCACUCCAUCUUAUUUGGGGAUUCCCAGCCUGAAUGCAGUACACCUGAAGGGAUCCGUGGCAGACCUUUUAAGGAGUUCAAGGAGACUCUGCUUUCCUAUUACGUGACAUGCACCAAGCCAAAAAUUCGUGAGAACAAAACACAGACGGUCACUGUGGAUGAGGGCCAGCAAGCAAUGUUGCGCUGCAGUGCUGAGGGGACACCAAGGCCCUCUGUGUCCUGGUUAUCCCCACGCCGGCGAAUUCUAACCAGUAGGAGCCAUGGUAGAAUUACCGUUCACAACAAUGGUACAUUAGAGAUCAAGUCAGCAGAGGUACAAGACAGCGGCGUAUACCUUUGCCUAGCAUCCAACACUGCUGGGAAUGACACCCUGAUGACUUCAUUGGCAGUGAAAAGUUUAGGAUCACUGUACGCUAACAGGACCCAGUACUACACAGACUCAAGCAAUAGCACUGCCAAUGGGACUACCAAUGUCACCUUCGGUUUGGACCUAAAGACUAUUUUAGUGUCAACAGCCAUGGGGUGUUUCACGUUCCUUGGGGUGGUCUUGUUCUGCUUCCUGCUCCUUUUCGUUUGGAGCAGAGGCAAAGGGAAACAUAAAAACAACAUAGAUAUUGAAUACGUGCCUCGGUCCAAGUCUAAUGGCACUAAUGUUGACUCUGCAGAGGGACAAAGCGGUCCUCAUCGUUUUAACAUGAAAAUGAUGUGACUUAUUUUUUAGAUCCAAGAAUCCAGUUGGUGGAAAUGCUCAAAGGAAUAUGUAUUUUUAUUGCAAAUAGGACCACUGAACUUCCCACUGCUGCGCGGAGAGCGGUAGUGAAAAUGGGAAUAGUACUCUGGGGCAUCAUAUGAAGAUGAGCAGUACCUAAAUCUUUGGAUCUUGGCAGACAUAAUGUUUGGAUACUGUGUUUCAAAUACUGAGAGGCGUGUAGUAGGACAUCCAUUCUAACAGCUGCCAGUGGGGCAACUUCUUCAACUGGGAUGAGAAGAGAAUACUGUUACCAACAACAGGACCUGGAGGAAAUAGGUGUCAGUUAUCAGCUUUUUGAAAUUUAUAUGCCCAAAAAGAACCCUUCAAUUUUGGGUUGGAUCUACAGACUCAUCAGAAACAUGUACAGUACGAGUUUGUAUCUAAACUAUUACUCUACUUUGUUUAGUCUUGCGCCAUGCUUAUUCACUGAACAAAUCGAUGAAACAGAUCAUAAUUCCCUAUGUUCAAUCCUAUGCAUAUGUGUACUUAAUGCUUCAUUAUGUACAUGUAUGUACAUAUUCAUAAAAAAAAUACUCAUAGCAAUAUUCAUGGGAUGCAUUAGCCAAAAUCGAUAUGACCCCAUAUGUUCAACAAGAGCAUUAUUCUGACUUUUCAAGUUUCCAUGGAUUCAGGAAGGGCUUUCAUGGGAGAUUAUCUAUCCCUGUUCCCUUAAUUGACUCCUAGAUAUUAAAUAUAUAUAUUAUUUAUCAACAAAAACAGAAGAAAAAAUUAUUUAUCAAAAUAUUGAGGGUUUUACAAAAGUGAGUACUCAAACACUAUUCAGGAUCUAACUUAACACUUUGGGUCAUCUUACAGAUGGCCUGGUACUGGUUGAAGUACCUACAUAAACCACCUUUUUGUCCUAUUCUUGUCUCUUUUAUUCCUUUAACUGUACCUUUGCUGGUUGGCAAACUACAUGUGUCAAUUUUACUACAGUGACAUUUGCAUCAUUUUUCCCCAGUAAGAAAUUUGGACUUUGUUGUGGUAGUUCCUCAUUUUGUUGUUGAAUCAUUUAGAUUGUGAAGACUUCAAGUAAAAAAAAAAAAAAAAAAAAAUACUGUAUGUGAAAUAAAUGAAGAUGUAUUUGUA